AUGUUCCCCUCUUCUCUCACCCCCGCCGUCCUCCACCUCCCCUCUCCCUCCUCCUUCCCCCCCCCACCCCCACACUCACUCUCGGCCUCCACCCUCCUCCCAUCCCUCUCACUCUACACCUCCACGACUCUCGCCCAUCUCCAAUCCCCACUCAUCUCCCCUCUCCUCUCUCUCUCCACACCCGACAUCUGCCACUCUAGCAUCCUCCACCCUCGCUCUCCACUCUCCCAUCUCUCCGCAUCUUCGGAACUCCUCCUCUCACUCACCUCUUCUCCAUCACUGCCUCUCCCCUCCGUCCCACCCUCCUCCUCUCUCGAGUCUCUCCACCAACGUCAUCGCCCUCCUUCAACCCCUCUCUCACCCGCCCUCCCCGUCCUCUCUCCUCUCCACGCAAGUCCUCUUCUCAGACGAACAGACUCUCGUCUGACUUCUCGAAUUCAGCUGAACCCUCUUCUCCUCUCUCCUAAUCGGAGACCUCUCUUCAUCACUCGUAUGGGACUCUCCUCCACCCCACUCCCCGUCCACUCCACCAGUCACUCAUUCCGUCCUUCACCCUCCAGUCAUCAGACUUCCCUCUACCCCUCCGGUUCCUCGUCCCUCCAGCUCACCCUGCUCCUGUCCGUCUCAUCUCUCUCUCUCUCGUCCGCUCCACUCUUUCUCUUCCCUCUCUCCUCCUCCACAUCACACACUCCACUCUCCUCGCAUCCCCCCGACUCCCUCCACUCCUCCAUCUCCAUCCAUGACGUGACUCUCCCUCAACUCCCCCUCUCCAGUCUCACGACUCACUCAUCCUCUCUCAUACUCCCCUAUCCAUCAUCCCACUCUCUCACGUCCCUCUCCCGCUCCACCGAAUCUCUCUCUCUCUACUGUCUCAUCUCGCUCGGCAGCCUCCUCUCGUGUAUCCGUGUCCCUCUCCCCCCAACUCCUCAUCGCUCUCUCGCACAUCAUCCGUCGCUCCAGGCAGCAUCUUCCUUCCCCUACUCUCCCUCCAACCCCCAACCUCUCGCGGGCUCCCUCACUCGCUAUCGUCGACUCACCCCCCCUCAUGAUCCCCUCACCCUCACGGACACGGGCCUCACGCCUCCGUUCCCUCUCUCAUCCCCCUCGUUCUCACCGUCCUCUCCUCUCGCUCCCAAUCUCAAUCCCUCAUCUCCCAUGUCAUCUUCCUCACACCCGAUCUCCAUCCACUCUCACAUCCCCAUCCCUCACCCCUCUAUCUCCCUGUCCACACCCCUCUCCUCAGCCUCACUCCCCCAAUCUCCCUCCAUUCCAUCCCAGCCCCCCUCUCCUCAGCCAUUCGCAACACUUUCGCUCACACUCACAGGUCCGUACCCCUCAGAGACCUCAUCUCUCGAUCGGCACUCCUCAGACACUACAUCGGGCUCAACCAACUCUCCUUCAAGGUCUCAUCGGCAACUCUCUCACAAUCCAGGCCAAUCCUCUCGAUCCUCCUCCACCCUCAUCUCGUCUCUCUCCAUACUCUCCCCCUCCCUCCUCCUCCUCGCAACGCUCUCCUCACAGUCUACCCCAGAGGCGUCUCCCCACUCCCUGAUCUCCAGUCUCACCGUGAUCUCUCUUCCGUCCACCUCCAUCAUGCCUCUCCUCGCAUCUCCCGACCCUCCCACCCCACCCUACCUCCUCCUCUCCCUCUCGCCUCCCCCCUCUCACUCACACACCAGGUCCAAGGUCGUCGAAGUCUGCAUACCUCAAAUCACUCUCAAUCUCUCUCUCUCCUCGCGUCCUCACCCCUCAUCGUCUCCUACUCUCUCUGGACUCUCUCGUCCCUCGCUCUCUCGUCCCCUCACGCCCUCUCUCCUCCAACUCUCGAUCACCACGAUUCCUCUCUGGCCUCCCAUCCUCACCAUCUCUCCCUCAAUUCCCCCGUCUCACUACUCUCCUCCCGCCCCUUCUCUCUCACCUACUCCUCUCCCCGAUCUCAGGCUCAAUGGUACCUCAGCUCAAUCUUCCUCGCAUCAUCCUUCCUGCCUCAUCCUCAGUCUCACAUUCUCCCCUCUCCGCCACACUCCCCGUCUCCUCCCCACUCCUCAGGCACGGUCUCUUCUCCAACUCCCCCCUUCCACACCGCGCGAGCCGAUCUCCCUCAUACGUCUCGAUCCCCCUCACACUCACAUCGAUCCUUCUACCGCCUCGGCACACUCAACUCACCCCUUCCGUUCCCAUCUCCGGAUCCGACGCUCUCUCCUCAUUGCCACCUCCAAUCAUUCUCGCGUCCUCGUCCCCCUCCUCCACCCACCAUUCACCCUCUUCAGACAUUCCCACACAAACCUCAUCCCGUUCUCCAAGUCUAAACCCUCCUACCUCUCUCUCCUCUCUCUAGAACCUACCUGGCUCCGACUCAUCACCUACUCCCCAUCCCUCUCCCCCUCUCCCCCCUCAUCCUCGUGCUCCCCUCUCGACCUCUCUCCCAAACACCUCCUCUCACCUCUCCUCGUCCUCUCGCCGCCCGUCCUCUCUCUCCACCUCACCCCCACCCUCACCAUGCAUCAACAUCUCACUCCAGUCGACCCUCUCUCCCUCAAUCUCCUCCCUCGAAUCGACCUCUCGAAAACUCUCUCAUCUCCACCUCGUCCUGAUCUCCUCCCACUGUCCUCCCCCUCACAUCUCACUCCGUCCUUCGCUACUCUCACUCGAUCGGCUCUCUCCUGCAAUCAUCCCCAAACUAAGCUCCUCCCGACCCUCAUCAAUCUCAUCUCCCUCUCAUGUCGCAUACUCUCUCUCUCGCCUCUUCAACACAGAUCCCCUCUCUCCUCUCGAAUCGACCGUCCUCCCAAUCGAUCUCCCCCCUUCGAAACUCUCAUCUCGGCUCUUCCUUCUCUCCGAGAUCUUCGUCACUCCUUACUCACCUUCUCUCCCGGCCGCUCGUCUACCUCUCUCGAUCUUCUCAUCGCCCUCAUCUCCCUCUAUCUCUCCGCUCUUCUCCACACUUCUCUCAUGCUAACUCUCUGUCUCUCCUCAUCCUUCCUCUCUCCCUCAUCUUGUUUCUAUUCUUCCUCUCGCUCCUCCUCGGGCCAUUCUCAACUUCUCUGCUCCUCGAGCACUCUUCUCUCCGGCUCUCGCAUUCCCCUCUCUACUCAUCUACCUCUCUCACUCGUCUCUCAAUCUUACUCUCUACCUCUCUCCAUCUCUCUCCAUUCCUUCUCUCAUCUAAGUCCUCCAUCUCCCUCACCCGCCAGACUCAUAGCUCCCUCUCGCAUCCCUCUCACAGCUACUCUGUCCCUCACCCUCAAUAACUCACUCCUCUCUCCAGACCCCGUCUCCAUCCGUCUCUCCCUCCUCUUCUCAUCCCUCUCUCGAAGUCCCCGCCUCUCUCACCAAUCUCACUUCAUUCUCCACACUCAUCUCCCACUCCUCCUGAUCCACUCAAACGUCUCGUUCCUCAUCACCCUCCAAACCUCCCUCCUGUUCCCCUCAUCAAAACCUCAUUCCUCCUCCAACACUCACUGUCCUCGCAUUCACCUCCCUCUUCCCACCUCACGCCCCUCUCCGCUCCUCUCUCUCUCCGCCUCCCCUUCAACGAUCCCCAGUCACUCUCCACUCCCGAAUCUCUCACAAUCUAACGCAUCCUCCCACCUCUCCUCGCUCACACCUCACGACCCAUUAUCACCCCGUACUAUCUAUCUUUCACUCCCUCGCUCUCUCCUUCCUCCCUCACAUGCGGACCUAACCUCGUCUCUCACCACUCAUCGCCCCCUCUCCACGGACCAUCUCCACCCCACUCCCUCGCCUCCAUCUCCUCUUUCCAUCCGACAGAUCCGACUCUCACUUCGUGAGCACUCUACCAAUCAACUCUCUCUUCCACCCCCGGGCUCUCUCACUCCCCGCUCCUCUCCUCGUCACAAAACCCCAUCACAUGAAUCCUCUCUCAGUUCCUCUCCUCCUCACCCCGUCGCUCUCACGCCCACACCCCUCUCUCGCGCACUCUCCCGCUCCCCGCUUUCAGCUCACUACAACUCCUACCUCUCGCCUCAACUCCAUCCCCUCUCUCCUAACCUCUCCCUCUCGCGCCAAAAAUCACUCCCUAUCUUCUCUCCAUCCACAUCACACUCGCUAACUCUGUUCGCGAUAAAACUCUCCAUCUCCACCACUCCUCCAGUCCGUUCCCUCUCUCUCUCCGACUCUCCACCCUCGCUCUCCACAUCCAUCCACCGCUCCGUCACUAAUCUCCUCUCUCUCAACAUCCACCUGCCCUCUCCCUCUCCCAAUCCCACUCUCUCGCCCCACCUUCCUCACUCCUCCUCGCGUCCCUGUCUCGUCACCAAUCUAACUCACACUUGCAACUCCUCUCGCUCUCUGAGUCCAUCGCGUCUCCCAAAAGCCUCGCACUCCGCCAACCCCCAGCUCGCUCCCACAGUCACUCUCCCUGUCCCUCUCUCUCACUCACUCGCCCACCCGACGCCCUCCUACUAUGCUCACCAUCUCUCCGCAGUGUCUCGUCACCGGUUCGACUACCAUCCGCCCUCCCUCUCUCACCAUCUCUCCUCCUCUCCCCACCUCUCUGUAUCUCAUCUCACGCUCGGGACAAAGCCUCCUCCCUCGUCUGUUCUCGGUCAUCAUCAACUCGUCGCAAUCUCAUCGCCUUCUCCCACAUCUCUCCGUCACGUUCCGCCUUCUCUCUCCAAGUCCUCGCAUCCUCACCGCACCUCUUCCUCCCCCCCCCCUCAACACUCGUCCCCGCGCUCGCUAACCGCAUCCUCGGCUCCACUAACUCUCCACAUCCAAUACUCGCCUCCACCAAUCACUCACCCUCCAUCUGCUCUCUUCUGCUCUCCACCACCCCCGUCAUCAGCCCACCCCUACAGAUCCUAUCCGUCACACAAAGUUAUGAACAGCGCAACUCUUCGGGGCCCCAAAUCGACUCCCUCCCAACACAUCCCAAGAGCUCACUUCAAUACCCCACACCGCAUCCUCUCCAUCGCAUCAGGAACUCUCUCGUCACACGACGACUCUUCCCCUCUCAUCACUCUCCCGAAUUAA